AUGUCGGCCGACCCCGCGAGCGAGGUCGCGCGCGCCGAGGGCGCGGAGAAGCUUCCCGCCAUGUUUUGGGACGGCGACGGCGACGCGUGGAUGGAUGAAUCCUCGGAAGAUUUCCAGGCGCUCCGAGCGCUGCUCGAGGACCAAAACGCAGAGAAAACCCCUCGCGAACGCGCCGAGCUGUGCAAGGACAAGGGAAACUCGAGCGUGAAGUACGGCAAGGCGAAUCCGCUGUACGCGCGGUACGCGGUGGAGCAUUACACGAUGGGAUUGGCGAGCGGAUGCGAGGACGAGGACGUGCGAGGCGCGUUGCUCGCGAACCGAGCGCACGCGGGACUCCUGUUGAAGAAUUAUCGAAAGGCGCACACCGACGCGGUGGCGGCGACGAAGAUCGUGCCCGCGAACGUUAAGGCUUGGUUCAGGGCGGCGAAGGCGGCGUUGGCGCUGGAGGACGCGGAGGAGUGCGCGCGGUGCUGCGUCGGCGGGUUGGAGGUGGAGGGCGAUAAUCGAGAGUUGAAAGUGAUGUUGAGGGAAGCCAAGCGCAUGGUUGAUAAACGAGAGAAGCAGGCUGUUUUAGACGAGACGGAGAAGGCGCGCGUGCGAGCGUACGUGGAGGCGCUGAAGACGCGAGGAUUGAGAUUUGGACCGGCGUCGCUCGGGAGCGGCGAGCGGUUGCCGACGGUGGACGAACGCGCGAACGAGGCAACGUAUUGGACGCUCUUUGUGUAUCCGGAAUCGAUGCAAACGGACGUCGUAGAGGCGGCGAGCGAGACGUCGACGAUCGGUCAACACUUGGACGUGUUGUUCGAUCCGAACGGACCGCCGCUCGAGUGGGAUUCCAAGCGCGCGUACGCCAGAGACGCGGUGGAGGUGUACUGGCAGACGAAGGCCGCAGUGCCGUACUCGUGGGAACAAAUAGAGACGAAACUGCUUGAUGCCGCGGGUGUGACGAAGCGAGCGACGGAUGACGACGCGCGACGUGAGAUUGAAGCCAUGGAGAAGGGCUCGAACAAGGUGGACUCGCGCGACCAGUUCAUGCGAAAGCUCGACGAGAACACCAAGCUCGGCGAUUUAUUCCGCGAUGAUGACUUCAUCAUCGCGGGACAUCCGGUGUUUUACAUCAUCGCCAAGGGUACGGAGUUCAGGCAGCAGUUCCUCGACGGCGAGUGGGAACUGUAG